UGUGGCCAUUGGUUGUGCUGGUUAAUCCAGAAUGCUGGGCUUGCUACAAGCAGGAUUUAGCCAUGACCAUGAUACUAACAUCUGUCAGGGUCCCGUUUCAAGCUCCCAAACGGAACAAAAGCGGAAUAUUGUUGUCUUACUUUGAUAAAGAGGAGUGACAAGCAGUUAAUAGAUUCAGAACCUGAGUUGGUGCAGUAGAGCCAUGGGCAAGGCGGGGAGUAAAGUCCUGAGGGAGACCUCAGUGGACGGGGUGCAAGCACAGCCAACCCCCGCUGUGGCUGCUCCUGCUGCUACCGUUAAAUUUGAAGGACUCACAAAAGUCGGCAAGAUGAAGGUGAAAUGGACCCAGCUGGGUUUGGUGUUCUUCCUCGUUCUGUCACUGGUGAUGACGGGAUGCUUCUUCUGGCAAUAUCAGCUGCCAAAGGUGCUGCCAGAUGAAGGGAUGGGUCGCAACGCCAAAUCAGAGAUGACAUGUCCCCGCUUCCCUGAGCCUCUCCCUCUGGAGCAUCCCAUUUCCAGUCUGAAAGAGGCCCUGGAAAAGGUGGAUGUUUUGCUUCGGCAGAGCGUCAACCCCAUCAGCCUUCCCGCUAUGUCAGCCAUUGUGAUUUUGAACGACACUGUUUUAUGGACGGGCAACUUUGGAAAGAGGAAUGCCAGUGACCCUCUCUCAGGACCCCCCAAUGAGUACACAAUCUACAGAAUUGCCAGCCUAUCCAAAAUCUUCCCAACGCUGAUGUUGUACAGACUGUGGGAGGAUGGGAAGAUCGGCUCCCUAGAUGACCCUCUGGAGAAAUAUGUUGAGAACUUCACCAUCAAAAACCCUCUGGGGAAGACGCGAGACUCUGAGUUGAAGUAUGUGACAGAUGGUCUGAUAUUUCUGGACAGCGGGGAGGUUCAGAUCCGCUCCUCCUCAGUCACCCUGCGUAGGAUGGCCAGCCAGCUCUCAGGCCUGCCCAGGAGACUGAGGGCCACAAAUUUACUUUGGAAAGGAAAAACACAAUCUGCAAUCAAUCUACUACAAGAUGAUGUCCUUGUUGCAGACCCAGGCACCAAAUGUCACUACAGCAAUCUCGCCUUCUCCUUACUUGCUCAUGUAAUGGCUGAGCGAGUGGCCGGGGUUGACUACCAGCGGUGGAUCACAGACAACAUCCUGGACCGGCUGGGGAUGGAGGACACCGGCUUCGACAUCACACCGGGGCUGCAGAGUCAAAUGGCUGUAGGGGUAUACUCCAACGGGAAGCCAGCCCCACUCUAUGACCUGGGCUGGUAUCGGCCUUCGGGUCAGAUGUUCUCCACAGCGGCAGACUUGGCCAAGCUUGCUAUGAUGCUGCUGGGUGCUUAUCACCGCAAGCUGCUGGAGCCGGACUCAUUGAAGAUCAUGCUGACACCACUCUUCAGGUGCGAUAAGGACUACUUUGCCAACCGUACCGGGACGCCGUGGGAGGUGAACGAGCUGCUGGGCUACGAGGUGGUGCGGAAAGAUGGUGAUCUGGACGGGUACUCUGCCACGUUCUCUCUGGUACCCAGACUGAAACUUGGUCUGGUGGUGCUCAUGGCAGGCAGCAGGUCUCAGAACCAGGACGUGGUCACCAAGGCUUAUAACUACAUCAUCCCAGCCAUCGAAAAAGCCUUCAGGGAGGCCAAGAAGGUCCUCUUUCCUCCCCCAGUUCCAGACCCUUACAUCGGCUUCUUCACCUACGGAAACAUCACCUUCUACGAGAUCAAAGUUGGGUCAGAUGGAGUUCUGGUCAUGCAGCAGUUUGGGCCUCAGAUUGAAGAGCUGAUCCCAGAAAAGUACAGGACAAUAAAGCUCAACUACCUGGUCGACCGGGUGUUCAGAGUGGUGUUUGAGAAAGAGUACCCUUGUGUUUUGCAAGUCGGCACGGCCUCAGUGUCCCUGGAAGCCCAAGAUGGCCAAUUAUUUAACUUCUACAUGUUUGACAAGCGGGGUUUGUCCCCUGGUUUUGAUGCUCCAGGACUGAAUACAUAUAAUGUCGUCAGAAUAGCCCGCCGGCCAACCUUCUCAAGCUGAACUGCUGCACUGCUGUGGCCUAAAGACAAAUGGUAUGUCCUUGUGUUGGGAUGUGUGGGGGACUGUAAAUAAGAAAGAGGCUGUGAAAUUUGAAAGACCAAAUGAAGAAGUUGGGAGUCAUUUUGGUGGUCACAGAUAGGAUUGUGCUUUGGAUUUACAGAGAGCACAGAGUGGGACGCUGUUACAUUCACCCAGCUGUAUGAUGUCUUGCAAAGAAAAUGAAUUAAUUUCUCUUCUGAAAGAUGUAUGUGACUGUCCUCCUUGCACUAGUCCUUAAUUAUGCCUCCUGACUUAACAUUCACAUUAUGGUGCUUGUUUUUUUCCUGCCUUCAUCUAAAUCGCUCUCGUAUUGUCUUGGUCUGUUCUGUCCUUGAGUCUCCAUGAGUGUGAACAGCAGGACACUGGCUCACAACAAACACUUGUUGUAGUCAUGUACAUGAAUAUUUACAUACAUUUCAUUUUAAAUUCUUGGACCAUGAUUGCAGUUCCAUGAAAUCAUGGUCUCAUACAUAUUUAUCUUCCACCAGAAGAGUAAGAAAAAGAUUUAAUUUCUUUGUGGUAAUAUUCUUAUGGCAGGUAAAGUCAGAACAUUUUCAUGGAAAAAUGUGAUUAUGCAUGAGUUUUAAUAUAAUAAGGAUGCAGCCCUGGGUAUGGAACUGCUGAUUUAAUAUCAACAAUCAUGCACUUACAUGUGACUAAAAUGCAAAAUAUUUUGGCUCCCAAUAAGCGGCGAUUAAGGAUAGAGAGGCUUUUGUUUGCUUGUGUGACACUUUCCUAUGUAAUCCCUGAAAAUGGAUGCCAAUUCGUACCAAACUCAAACAACAAUAUGAGUAAUACACUGCCCUGACUGCUGCAGGAUAAUGAGAGACUCAAGUGUACAGAAAUAUCCCUUAUGUGGGCAAAGGCUGACGUUUUACCUUUUUAUAACAGAUUGAUUAUCUGGGGAUGGGAUGGGAACGGAGUACAGAUUGAAAAUGUUGCUUAGUCUUGAAGCAUCAGGUGCAAUGAGUGAAAUCAAGGAGGAUGAAAAUGCAGUGCUGCUUCGAAAAUAAAUCAGCUGUAUCCACUUUUAUCCGCCUAUGGGUGAAAUACUGACACUGGCAUUCAACAGUGCAAUCAAAUAUUAUCACAGCCCACAGAAUAAAGCUUGUUCUUAUUUACUGUGGGAAGGAAAAAAAUCUCUUGGGUCUCUAUUGUAAGCCAUACUGGAACAAAACUGUACCAAUAUGCAAAUUAAACCGUGUGCUGAUUCUAUUGUUGUUUAGGCUUGUUAUUUUAGAUAUGUAACAUGAGGCUUAUGCAGCCUUCAGAAAAGCAGCAAUCACAUAAUGCAAUCAUGAUGACAAAUAAAUAAGUAACACAACAGCAUAAUUAACAAUAUACAAUGUAGGCAAAAUUUUUUUUAAAAUGGCUAUGUGUGGAUAGUUUAGACAUUUAUUUGUUUAGCUUUUAAAUUAGGCAUUGCACAAUAGCCAUAAUCACUUUUUAUAUCUGCAAUCACAGUGAACGAGAGCUUACCAAUCAAUCACAUCAUGUACAUGAUGGCUGGCCAUUCAACAAGAGACAAAACAAGAUUUGGAAAAGCUCACGGCAAAGUAUUACAUUCUUUGUUUACAAGUUCCACGGAAACACUGAGAAUGAUUUGACCUGUUUUUGCUCCCCAGCAACAACAAUUUUCCAAAAAAAGACAUUACAGACAUUACAACAUUAAUAUCGUUCAGAUUAUUAUUCAGAUUAAUUUGAUUGUCCCACUUCCCCGCUAGGUUCACUCUGUAAGGCAUACAGCAGUUAUGGUAUAAGACAGCGGGUGGAAUUUGCAGGCACUGUUGAACAAUAUUAUCCAUAGUAACAAAGAAACCAACUCAGAUCAAAUUAUAUGUACAAGCUCUUUAAUGACAUGUAACAAGUUUAAAGGUUCAAAGGUCAACAUUUUGAGAAAUUCACUUGCUCACUUUCUUGGUUAGACUUAGAUGAGAACCACUCUUACAUCUGUAUAGUAAAUAUGAACUAGCAGACUGCUAUCUUAGCUUAGCAUAAAGACUGAAAACGGGGGAAUAGCUAGCCAGGCUCUGUGCAACAGUGAAAAACAAUGCACCUACAACCCAUUUAAAGCUCAAUUGUAUCACUACUAAUUUCUUUUUUUUUUUUCUUUUUUUACAAAUUAAAUACAUGACAUAUGCAGUUUUUAUUUAGCGAGCAUUACACAUGCAGGUAGGUGGAUUUUUUGUA